CACACAUCCACUCAUACAAGAUGGAUAAUCUAGUGUUAUGUGAAGCAAACAAUGUUCCUCUAACGCCCAUAACGUUCUUGAAGAGAGCUUCGGAGUGUUAUCCCAACCGAACUUCGAUAAUCUACGGGCAAACUCGCUUCACUUGGCCUCAGACUUAUGACCGUUGCUGUCGUCUAGCUGCUUCUCUCCUCUCUCUUAACAUCACCCGAAACGACGUUGUCUCGAUUUUGGCCCCAAACGUACCUGCCAUGUACGAGAUGCACUUUAGCGUUCCCAUGACCGGAGCCGUACUUAACCCCAUUAACACCCGUCUUGACGCCAAAACCAUAGCCAUCAUUCUCCGCCACGCCGAGCCAAAGAUCUUAUUUGUGGACUACGAGUUUGCUCCUUUGAUCCAAGAAGUCCUCCGUCUCAUACCCACUUACCAGUCACAACCGCAUCCGCGGAUCAUAUUAAUUAACGAGAUUGAUUCCACUACAAAGCCUUUCUCCAAGGAGUUAGACUACGAGGGUCUCAUCCGAAAAGGAGAACCUACGCCAUCCUCCUCCGCAAGCAUGUUCCGUGUCCACAACGAGCAUGACCCUAUCUCCUUGAACUACACGUCAGGUACCACGGCAGACCCAAAAGGUGUGGUGAUUAGCCACCAAGGAGCCUACUUGAGCGCUUUGAGCUCCAUUAUUGGCUGGGAAAUGGGGAUUUUCCCUGUCUACCUCUGGACACUACCUAUGUUUCAUUGCAAUGGAUGGACGCACACGUGGUCCGUCGCUGCUCGUGGUGGUACUAAUGUAUGCAUCAGACAUGUCACUGCUCCAGAGAUCUAUAAGAACAUAGAAUUGCAUGGCGUGACUCACAUGUCAUGUGUUCCUACGGUCUUUAGGUUUCUCCUUGAAGGAAGUCGAACCGACCAGUCACCCAAGUCCUCGCCGGUUCAGGUGUUGACUGGAGGUUCUUCUCCUCCGGCUGUCCUUAUAAAGAAAGUUGAGCAGCUGGGGUUUCACGUGAUGCAUGGCUAUGGGCUUACAGAGGCCACCGGCCCGGUUCUCUUUUGUGAAUGGCAAGACGAGUGGAACAAACUACCAGAGCAUCAACAGAUAGAGCUACAACAAAGGCAAGGUGUAAGGAACCUAACCCUAGCCGACGUUGACGUGAAGAACACGAAAACUCUAGAGAGUGUCCCACGCGACGGGAAGACAAUGGGAGAAAUUGUUAUUAAAGGAAGCAGCCUAAUGAAAGGGUAUCUAAAGAAUCCUAAAGCAACAUCUGAAGCAUUUAAACACGGAUGGCUUAACACGGGAGACAUAGGUGUGAUUCAUCCUGAUGGAUAUGUAGAGAUCAAAGAUCGAUCCAAAGACAUCAUAAUCUCGGGAGGUGAGAACAUAAGUAGUAUUGAGGUCGAGAAAGUUCUUUACAUGUAUCAGGAAGUGCUCGAGGCUGCGGUUGUAGCCAUGCCUCAUCCUCUAUGGGGUGAAACCCCGUGUGCGUUUGUUGUUCUAAAGAAGGGUGAAGAGGGAUUGGUGACUAGUGAAGGAGAUCUCAUUAAAUAUUGCCGUGAGAAUAUGCCGCAUUUUAUGUGUCCGAAAAAGGUGGUGUUCUUUCAAGAGCUUCCAAAGAAUAGUAACGGAAAGAUCCUAAAGUCUAAGUUGAGAGACAUCGCUAAGGCAUUGGUGGUCAGGGAGGACGAUGCCGGCUCCAAGAAAGUUCAUCAACGCAGUAUCGAACACGUUAGUUCGAGGCUUUAGCGUUACUAUUCAUCGAUGUGUUUAUGUAUAUGCGUAUGUUUGGAUUGAUAUGUUUCUUAGUUUACAUGUAUGGAUUGUUAAAUUUACGCUAAUAAUUAAAAUGAAGUUAUUCAAC